CAACCGCUUGCGUAACGCCACAAAAGCGAGCGUAACGCACGCACGUUAUCCGGCUAAUUUGCAUACAUAACACCGCCCAGGGGGACGAGCAUGAUAAUCCGCCGUCGAGAGAAGCCGAGCUGAGCGCGGAGGAGAGAAGCAAAACUGCCGAAUAUUAAUAUUUGAGGAAAAGUUUGGACGCGCGAGCGGCUUUUUAAAUCGAGGGAGGAGAGUCGACAGAGACGGACAGGCGCUCGGUGGGCUCUUCACCCCACUUCUGGCUUGAGAAAUGGACGCUUUGAAAUCCGCUGGAAGGGCAAUUAUACGGAGCCCGAGCAUUGCCAAACAGUCGUGGGGAGCAAGCAGGCAUAAAAAGCUUCCGGAGAACUGGACGGACACGAGGGAGACGCUGGUGGAGGGCAUGGUGUUUCACCUCAAAUACCUGGGGGUGACGAUGGUGGAGCAGCCAAAGGGCGAGGAGCUGUCUGCGGCCGCCGUCAAGAGGAUAGUGUCCACGGCCAAAGCCAGCGGGAAAAAGCUCCAGAAAGUCACGUUAACGGUCUCGCCUCGCGGGAUCAUCCUUUACGACAGUGCCUCAAACCAGCUGAUAGAAAACAUCUCCAUAUACAGAAUAUCAUAUUGCACUGCAGACAAGAUGCACGACAAGGUGUUUGCCUACAUCGUCCAGAGCCAGCACAACGAGACUCUGGAGUGUCACGCCUUCCUCUGCUCAAAGAGAAAAAUGGCCCAGGCCGUAACCCUGACGGUGGCUCAGGCUUUCAGGGUGGCGUUCGAGUUCUGGCAAGCCGCCAAGGAAGAGAAGGAGAAAAGAGUAAAGUCGGGUUCAGACGUCGAAGGAGCCAGCAACUCUCAGUCGGACAGCUCGACCAGCCUGGGCAGCCUGAAGGGAGGAGACGUAGCCACGGGGACUCUCCUGGAGUUCGCAGAAGGAGCCAAAGCAAUGCAGGCCCACUCAGGAACAAAGCAGACUGAAUCGGAUCCCUUCACGGUGCAUAAUCACGCGGCGGAAAACAACAAUACCGUUUGGGAGCUGGAGGACGGUCUGGACGAGGCGUUUUCAAGCCGCAGUCUGGAUAGCUUUGAAUCCUACUCAGACUCGCUGAGUCUCGCACUAACCCCCAGGUCCUGGACAUUGGGGUAAACCCUCAGGACUUGAACAACGACGAGUGCCUCUCCUCGGGCAAAUGGGACCAAGACGAGACAGACUCACCUGCACAAAAAGAGACGUUUGAGUUCUAACGGGAAGCCUUUGCCAAGAAGAACAAGAAGGGGAGGAAAAAAAAAAGGAGGGCAAAUGGUGGUAAAACGGCUACAGAUGCUGAUGUGAGACCAGCACAGGUGCCCACCUUCUCCCUGGUGCCACGUCCUCUAAACGUCUCUGUCUAAGGAUCUCUGACGCGUCUGAAUCCACACGAGCAGAGAAGGAAAACACGAGCUGACUGCUCGCUCAACAGGCCAAAGCAAUACAAACCAUUCAAACCCCUUUUUUAUUUUAACGAAAAAAAACAUGCAGCCCAUUCAUGUUUUGUUCCAGUCAGUCUGGUCUUGUGUUUUUUUGUUUACCCAUUCACCUUCACUGUGUGUACUGUGAUACAGAACGCUUGUGAGAGCUAUUACGAGCUCAACAAGUGUGUUACAGAUCAGAUGCUAACUCACCCGUUCCCCUGCGGGGUUCAGCAGCAAGUUACUACCUAUAUGUGUGUCACAACUCCAGCGUUUUGUUGGUCAACAAAAGCUUUAAAGUAUGUGUCAGAACAAAGUGACAAUCCUAUUUUUUACUAUUGCAAAAAACUAUUUUUGCAUUCGGCGGUUCUUCAUCGGCAAAAGCACAGGAUUCAUGUCGGACAAUUAAGUGUCAAGCAUUGAACUCAUUUAUGCUUUCACACUAAUCCCUUUUCCUCCUGAACUUGGGAGGAAAAAAAAGAUUUAACAGCUCCGAAUUGCCAAGCUAAAGUUGUGAUGAGGAUUGAUCGUAAUAAUUGAUCAUAAUUCUCACUCAGGCUCCAGGCUCGGUCAAGAAAAGGAGCUAGCUACCAGUUUCUUUACCUAAUAUGAUCUCAUUUGUUUAUUUAAACUCUCAGAUUCAGACUUGUUAAACAGACAUCUGUCGAUAUAUGUUACAGUGACAUUCAAAGUUUACCGUUUUUCAUUUUCCACCAACAAGGACUCUUCCCAGUGUUAUUUUUGGUGUUUGUUUUUGCAUUAAUUUAAAUUGCAUACAUUUUAAUAAAAAUGUUAUAAUCUU